CCAGGAUGUUUCUAGACAAAUGUGAAGGUGAUCUGUGUGACCUAAGGGGAGGCAAUACACCAACAUCAUGUCCUCCAGAAGGGGAAGAAGAUGAACUUCCCAAAAAGAAGCAUCGCAGAAACCGGACAACCUUCACCACUUAUCAACUUCAUGAAUUAGAACGUGCAUUUGAGCAUUCUCACUACCCAGAUGUAUACAGCAGAGAGGAGCUUGCCAUGAAGGUUAGCCUACCAGAAGUUAGAGUACAGGUUUGGUUCCAGAACAGAAGGGCAAAAUGGAGACGACAGGAGAAAUUGGAGUCUUCUUCGGCCAAAAUUCAUGAUUCCCCACUCUUCUCAUUUUCACGGACACCAAUAACAACCAGUGUCGGGCCAUUAAGCUCCUCUUUGCCGCUGGAUCCAUGGCUUACUUCCCCCAUCUCUGCAGCCACCACCAUGCACAGCAUGCCAGGAUUUAUGACUCCUUCACAAAAUCUACAAUCACCUUACGCUGGUCAUACCUUCCUCAACAGUGCACCACCAAUGACAUCUAUACAACCUCUUAGCAGUGGCCCUUACCAGUGCAUGGGAGGCUUUGUGGACAAGUUUCCUCUAGAGGAGUUAGACCAAAGAAGCUCCAGCAUUGCUGCUCUUCGCAUGAAGGCCAAAGAGCACAUUCAGACCAUAGAUAAGACUUGGCAGCCAAUCUGACCUAUAACUGCAUAUUUGUAUUGAAUUCUGAAUUGAAUAUCUUAUCUUAACCUAAGAGCAAGUGCACAUGAAUAACUCUGAAAUCAAGCAACUGCUUGAUGGGGACUGGUUUCCAAAUAUAAAAUGAAAGCGUUCUUUAGUGUGAGGUAUCAAUGCUGAUGGCUCAAAUUUACAGAAGGGGUUGUGGUGCUUCUACAUUCCAAACCAGCUUUAAAGAGACCACAAGACCAAACACAUAAAACAAUUAACUUAUAUAUUCAUAAAACAUUAAAUCUGUUUGCUUUGUUCUUUUAAAUACAACCAGAAAAUAUUCAAUUAAACAAUACAA